AUGGAGCAUCAGGGACUCUCGUCUCGAGUGUAUGAUCUUUUAGACGUGGUUCUUCCAGGAUGUGUGAGCUCAGGAGAAUAUCUGUGGCCUGGGUCCUGGUUCUUUGGCCUGGGCCGUGGUUCUUUGGCCUGGGCCGUGGUUCUUUGGCCUGGGCUGUGGUUCUGUGGCCUGGGUCCUGGUUCUGUGGCCUGGUUCUUUGGCCUGGGCCGUGGUCCUGUGGCCUGGGUCGUGGUUCUGUGGUCCUGUGGCCUGGGUCCUGGUUCUGUGGCCUGGUUCUUUGGCCUGGGCCGUGGUCCUGUGGCCUGGGUCGUGGUUCUGUGGCCUGGGUCCUGGUUCUUGAAAGGCUCUCGUCCUGGGAAGAACGUGCAGCUGACGGAGGGCGAGAUCCGCGGCCUCUGCCUCAAGUCCAGAGAGAUCUUCCUGAGUCAGCCCAUCCUCCUGGAGCUCGAGGCCCCGCUCAAAAUCUGCGGCGACGUCCACGGUCAGUACUACGACCUGCUGCGGCUCUUUGAAUACGGAGGCUUUCCCCCUGAGAGCAACUACCUGUUCCUGGGUGACUACGUGGACCGAGGGAAGCAGUCCCUGGAGACCAUCUGCCUCCUGCUCGCCUACAAAAUCAAAUACCCAGAAAACUUCUUCCUGCUCAGAGGGAACCACGAGUGCGCCUCUAUCAACCGCAUCUACGGCUUCUACGACGAGUGUAAGCGGCGGUACAACAUAAAGCUGUGGAAAACCUUCACCGACUGCUUCAACUGUUUACCGGUCGCCGCCAUCGUGGACGAGAAGAUCUUCUGCUGUCACGGAGGUCUGUCUCCAGACCUGCAGUCCAUGGAGCAGAUACGCAGAGUCAUGAGGCCCACAGACGUCCCGGACCAGGGCCUGCUGUGUGACCUGCUCUGGGCCGACCCCGACAAAGACGUCCUGGGCUGGGGCGAGAACGACCGGGGAGUGUCCUUCACCUUCGGAGCCGACGUCGUGGCCAAGUUUCUGCACAAACACGACAUGGACCUAAUAUGCAGGGCGCACCAGGUGGUCGAAGACGGUUAUGAGUUUUUUGCAAAACGGCAACUGGUCACUUUGUUCUCGGCUCCAAACUACUGCGGAGAGUUUGACAACGCCGGCGCCAUGAUGAGCGUGGACGAGACGCUCAUGUGCUCCUUCCAGAUUUUGAAGCCAGCCGAUAAAAAGCUGUACCCGUACGGAGGGGGCGGCGGCCUGGGCUCCGGGCGCCCCGUCACCCCCCCUCGAAACUCAGCCAAGGCCGCCAAGGCUAAGAAAUAA